AUUAAUACAGUAUGUGAUGGGUGUAGGUUCCUCGUUCCAGUGACGAUGAACCCGAAUAAACUUGUCACACAAUUCGGAAGAUCCUGCCGCGAUCGUCGGGACAGCAGAAUGCCAUCCAGCCUCUGGUCGAUUGGCAAUUGGCAACAGGCCAUGUCCAACGCCGGGACAGCCAUGUACACAUCGCGCCGCGCUGUGCUGUGCCCAGCCGCGCCGGAGAGACGUACGUGGCCUUCAUCAACAAGUCUCCCUCGAUCAGGUCCUCUUCGAUAAGAUUACUAAGCCUCUCGCUAAUCCGCCGCCCGGGUAUAAAUCAAUUCGCGCAGGCUUGUAAUCUACAUCCACGCAACAAGAACAAGCUGCUAGCUUCCUCCUCCUCCUCCUCCUCCUCCCUCAGCUCGACUCUGACCUUCGUCUCUCACAUGCCAAUGGCGAGCGAAACAGAGCGGAGGCAGCAGCAGCAGCAGCGGAGGCGGCCGCCGAGGCCGUCGGUGCCGGCGUUCGGGGGCUGGGAGGGCGGUGGCGGCGGCGGCGGCGCGCCGCCGGACUACUCGCUGGACUUCACCAAGAUCCGCGCCGCGCGGAUGCAGCGGCGGACCAAGGCGCUCUCCUGGUCCAGCUUCGUCGGCAACGCCGCCGCCGUCGAGGCCGCACCCGGCGGCGGCGACGAGGAGAGGCAUCACCAGUGGUCCUCGGCGGCCAGCGAGGGAGACGACGACGACGACAGCGAGCGCCGCCGCCGGCACCGGCAGCACCGGCACCGCCGCCUCCGCAGCGACGCCACCGACCAAUCCGACGACCGCGAGCCGAUCCGGCCCGGCCGCGCCGCUCCCAAGGGAGGGGGCAAGUUCAAGGGCUACCUGUUUGGUUGCGUGGGUGGACUGUGGUGAGGUCGACGUGCCCGCCGCCUUGCACUACCGAGGAAAAGAAAAGGAAUGCUGAAUGUAGAAGAAACGAAGAACACCAAUGGAUUAGCCGUCCCAAAAGUGUGUAAAUAUGUGUUUUAAAGGGACACUAUUAGUGCCGCAGAUGCAUGUUUUUUUGCUGAACUUUUAUGAUCGACCAAGUGUAAUUUGUUC